UUACGUUCGUUUGUACUGAAUUGCCUGGACAAGGUGUCCUGUUCGCCCGGACAUGCUCAGCAACUGGCCGACAUUCUGAUCUGCUCUGAUUAUCGUGGACAUUACUCACAUGGGCUUAAUCGACUCCACAUCUAUGUGAACGACUUGGCAGAGAAGUCAACACUAAGUGAUGGAGAACCACUCAUUAUCAAGCAGAAAGGAGCCACAGCAUGGGUAGACGGAUGCAAUUUACUUGGACCUGUGGUCGGCAAUUUCUGCAUGAAACUUGCCAUACAAAAGGCAAGAACGCAUGGUAUCGGGUGGGUGGUGGCGAAGAGCUCGAACCAUUUCGGAAUCGCUGGAUGGUAUGCAGAAAGCGCUCUUCAGCAAGGACUAGUGGGAAUGGCGUUCACAAACACUUCGCCAUGUGUCUUUCCGACAAACUCAGCUGAAAAAAGUCUCGGAUCGAACCCGAUUUGCCUGGCCGCACCAGCAGCCAAUGGUGACUCGUUUUUCCUCGACAUGGCCUCUACAACAGUCGCCUACGGAAAGAUAGAAGUGGUAGACCGUCGCGGUGGCAAGCGAAUUCCCCGUGCAUGGGGGGCAGAUGCUGACGGUAUCGAAACUCAGGAUCCAAAAGAAGUUCUCAAUGGUGGAGGAUUACAGCCGUUGGGAGGAUCGGAAGCUACUGGUGGUUACAAAGGCACUGGUCUAUGCAUGAUGGUAGAAAUACUAUGUGGUAUUAUGGCAGGAUCAUCAUUUGGGAAAUCGAUCCGAAAGUGGCAAACAACUGACGAAUCAGCCAAUUUGGGACAAUGUUUCGUCGCAAUUGAUCCUGAAUGCUUUGCACCAGGAUUCGGUGAACGACUUAGCUGUUUUCUCGAUGAAACCAGGGAUUUGAAACCGGUGGAUCCUUCCUAUCCCGUACAAGUUGCUGGCGAUCCUGAACGAGCUCAUAUGUAUAUGUGCGAUGAACUCGAUGGAAUUGUCUACAAGAAAAGUCAACUCGAACAUCUGAACAAAUUGGCAAACGAUCUCGGAGUGCAUAUGUUUAAAGCGAAAAAGAUGACCUCGUCUCUGGAAACAGAUGGUCAAAGCAGGAUUGAGCUGGAAGUCUGA